CAGUGAUUCUGGUUGACCUCCCGUAGUUUUGUGUUUCUGCUGCUGUUUUUUUGCUAUCCAUCAUGAUCCAAGAGGAAAUCUUCACCUCUGGUGUUGCAGUGCAAGUGCAGAAAGAACGAGACCGUGAGCUUGGCAUUGGAAGCAAUGAAAAGGCAGUUAAGUACUUGGGACAGGACUAUGACCUUAUAAAAAUGGAGUGUCAGCAGAAUGGAGUUUUGUUUAAAGAUGAAUCCUUCCCUACAGCUCCUUCAUCUCUAGGCUUCAAGGAACUUGGACCUGGUUCUCCCAAAAUACACGGAGUCCAGUGGAAACGACCAACGGAAAUUACCCCCAAUCCCCAGUUUAUUGUAGAUGGAGCCACACGCACGGACAUCUGUCAGGGAGCCCUAGGUGACUGUUGGCUUUUAGCAGCUAUUGCCUCCCUUACACUGAAUGAAAAGAUUCUUCAUCGAGUAGUGCCACAUGGGCAGAGUUUCCAACAGGGCUAUUGUGGGGUUUUCCAUUUUCAGCUUUGGCAGUUUGGAGAGUGGUGUGAUGUCGUGAUUGAUGAUCUGCUUCCUGUGAAAGAUGGAAAACUUUUAUUUGUGCAUUCUGCUGCAGGAAAUGAGUACUGGAGUGCACUUCUGGAGAAAGCCUAUGCUAAGGCCAAUGGAAGCUAUGAAGCAUUGUCUGGAGGAAGCACUUCAGAAGGCUUUGAAGAUUUCACAGGAGGAGUUACCGAAUGGUUUGACCUUAAGAAACCACCAAGUGACCUCUUUUUGAUUAUUAAGAAAGCACUGGAGAGGGGAUCACUGCUUGGAUGUUCCAUUGAUAUUACAAGUCAAUUUGAUAUGGAAUCUGUAACAUUCAAGAAGUUGGUGAAGGGUCAUGCGUACUCUCUCACUGGGGCAAAGGAGGUAAAUCAUCGAGGACAGAUGGUAAAACUCAUCAGAGUAAGGAAUCCAUGGGGAGAGGUAGAGUGGACGGGACCUUGGAGUGACAACUCCCGUGAAUGGAAUGAAGUUGAUCCAUCAUUUCGGGAUCAAGUCCGAAUUCAAAUGGAGGAUGGAGAGUUUUGGAUGUCCUUUCAAGAUUUUACACGAGAAUUUACUCGUUUGGAAAUCUGUAACCUCACUCCUGAUGCCCUGAAAGAUGCCAGAAUUCGCAACUGGAAUACAUCACUUUAUAGUGGGUCAUGGAGAAAAGGAAGCACAGCUGGAGGGUGCCGAAACUUUCCAGCUACUUUCUGGAUCAACCCACAGUUUAAAGUUCGACUAAAUGAAAUUGAUGAUCAGAACCAAGGCGAAAAAGGGUGCAGCCUUCUAGUUGCUCUAAUGCAGAAAGAUCGUCGUAAACAAAGACGUUUGGGACAGGACAUGGAAACCAUUGGCUAUGCCAUUUAUGAGGUCCCUCGAGAGAGAGCUUGAUGAUGAAAAUACAGCUAAUCUUCCUGAUGAGAAAGAGUUGUCUGAAAUGGAACUUGAUGAAGGUUUUAAGAGUCUUUUCAGUCAGUUAGCAGGACCAGAUAGGCAAAUAAGUGCACCUGAGCUGAAAACUAUACUCAACAGGAUUAUUGCUAAACACAAAGAUCUAAGGACGGAUGGCUUCUGUCUGGAUUCUUGUCGCACCAUGGUGAACCUCAUGGAUAAAGAUGGAAAUGGGAAAUUGGGAAUGGUAGAAUUUAAUGCUCUUUGGUGCAAAAUUCGACAUUACUUGGGAGUUUUCCGCAAGUAUGAUUUAGAUAAGUCUGGAACCAUAAGUGCUUAUGAAAUGCGUCUUGCUUUGGAAAAUGCAGGUUUUAAACUGAGCAAUCGAAUGCACCAACUGAUCAUCACCCGAUAUGCAGAGACCGAUCUUGACCUUAAUUUUGAUAGCUUUGUCUGCUGUUUAAUUCGACUUGAGAUGGUAUUCAGAGCAUUCAAAGCCUUGGACACUGACAAAGAUGGAAUUGUGGAGUUCAACUUAUUUCAGUGGUUGUCUCUGACAAUGUUUGCUUAAGCAUCAGGAAAUCCAGCCUUCUCAUCAUGAUGUGAUUUUUUUUUGACUUGCAAGUGCCUUUGGUGUUGGGACAUUAACAUCAAGUUGUUUCUCUUCCAUUUUUUGCUUCUGGCCAAUCUCCCUUAUGCAGCAAAAAUAUGAAAACAGUGAUACCACUGUUUCUGGGAAUGUUCUGCACAUUGGAUGCUAACAAAAGAAAAACCUUUUUGUGGAUUACUUACCAAGGUCUUCAGCAGAUUUAAGAGAAUGGCUUAUCACAAGGGCUAUUCCCAGAAGAUUAGGUAAAAUCUGAAUAAAAGCCAUAGUCUGCAUUAUCUCCAUUGCCAUAACUUUUUUUGUUGAGCAUAUUGGCAUUGCUUUUCUUUUAAAGUUAAGAUUCUUGCCAAUGAAAAAAAAUGUUCUUAACUGCACGUACAUGCACAAAUAUUGCAUGUAAGUAUUGCACUGAUUGACAAGGUCAGGAAUAUAAAGCAAUAAUCUACUGUUGUUUAAUAAUGUGUACUUCACUUAAUCCCUUUAAGUAGUUUUACUGUACCAAAUACAGAGCUAUAUCCCUGACAUAUAUAGUCUUUCUCUCUAGAAAUAAAGCUGUAGCAAAAAACAGCAUGAAUAUAACUGCUUCAGAAAAGUAUGUGAAAACUCAAAAUGACCCAAAACCAGCUUCCGAGAGAGAGAGAACUAAAAUUCUAACUAUCUGAGAGAGUGCCUCACUGGCCACAGACCUGUUUAUCUGCCAUUUUAAUGGUGAUGCACGUGUCUACAUUCAUGAAAUAGAGAAUGCGUUUUAUGACAAGCGAAUGUGACUUUUAUGAAGCCAUACAAAACAGUUUUUAAAGAUGUGGUACAAAUCCAUAGGAGCUCCAGUGCCAAACAUUCUGUACUAGGGCUGUGGUGUUUAGUGUUUAUAGUAGAUGUUAUUACAGGUCACAGAUUCCAGAUCUUAGAACUUCAUUUGUCAAAUGUUUUAGUAGUUUGCCAUAAAAUUGCUUGAUUAUGUGCAUUUUUUACAAAAAAAUGUCAAUCACCUCUCCAAGUAUUGUGAAAUGUGUUAAGACAUUUGAGAUGUAUUGUUUUUUCACACAAGUAUAAUAACAUUUUAGAUUUUUUUUACAGAAUUGUAAUUUAAGAGUGAUCUUUAGUUUGCUAACAUGUUUGCUCAAAGCUGUAAGACAAUACAGAGUUAAGUGCCAACAAGUACUUGCUGUAAAACAAAUUUCAGGGUGUAUGUUAAGCGUACUGUCACAACCUUGGCCGACUCAUUGCCUUCUGAAAAAGGUUACACAAACUACCUGCAUAUUUGCAGAAUGCAUGUUAAGAUAAAUAAGCAGAUAGCUGUGACCCAGAAUUUAAGAUCAGAGAACAUUAGUUAUUACAUUCUGCAAAAGUUUAGGACUGUUUAUGCUGUGCCACCUGUAGAUCUUCCCUUGUAGUCUUGUUCCCUUUAGUUAGGUGAUGGAGUAUUGUGCACAUAGACCACUUAUUCCUUAAAAGGGCUUGGAACAUUAUUUGUGCUUCAGCUGCAUGCUGAAUGUAAAUGUACUGCACAACAUUUUAAAAACAUGCCUAACCCCCUAUCAAAACAUAAGGGUUUAAUUAUGGUUUUGAAAUAAUUGUCAGAAUACAAUGUCAUCAUUUGCAUAUGCAUACAUUAUCAUGCUUUGAAGAAAAAAAAAUUGUUAUGGUAUGUAUCUCAGCAGUGCCAUGUAGGCAUUGUCUAAAAGAAGAAAGACAAACCGGUUAUGGUGAGCUGUGCCAUAAAAGUCUUUGGACCAAGAGUUAUCCCCAAAUCACAGUCAAAAAGCCAUUUUCAGAGAAGAGCAACAUUCCACAUAUUUCACAAAAAAUGUUUCUUGAUAUAAACUACAGCUACCACUACAUUUUAGAUCUAAUGCAUUAAAAGUAGUAAAAGUAAUUUACGGUUCUAUAGUCAUCUGCUGUUUUACCUAUGCCAAGAAACAUAAUUUUUAUAUAAUACUUAACAUUUGCGGGUUUUAUACAGACAGGGUGUAUACUCUGAAUAUUUUAUGAUAUAGUGCUACAAUCUCCUGUUUUGAAUGAAAAUGAAAAUUUAGUAGUAUCUUAUGGCUAUUGUAUAAAACUUUUUAAUCAGCAGGCAUUAAAAUCUUUAUAAUCUCCUCAGUACCUACCUCUGAUUCAUAAUAACUACUCCAGCCCUGAUUUACAAACACAUUCCCAUUCCCCCUGAUCUAGCUGGCACAGGAAAUGAAAGUCUUACAAAUUUAACAAGACAGUCUUCAAGAAUACAGUUAGAGAUAUUGGCAGAGCUCUUUGUCUGCACUGGAUUAUAUUCAAACUUUUUCAUUGCAUACUUAGAGCCACAGUGCUUCUCAAGAGAAGGUAAUUAGAAACUCUAAAAUUAUUCUUUAUACAUGUCUUAAAUAUCAAAAUACUGUAGUGAUACCCUAUAACAAUACAAAAGAAACUGCACCUACCAGCCUGUCCCUAUUUAUUCUUUGUAAUCUCUUCACAUGCAUUACCUAAUGGCAGUAAAUCAGUGCAUAUUAUUUAGACUUGUUGGCAGUAAAAUCACCUUGAAGUAUUUUUGAUAAAGCAGUUUGACAGAUUUACACAAAAGUGUCCCAUUAACCCAGAACGUACAAACUUAAUUCAGUAUCUGUUAAUACAGAUACAUUGAGACAGCUGUUGAAGUCUGUUUAGCUCUAUUAGUUCAGAUCUUGAAGAGGUUAAUUAGAUUUUUUGUACUAUGGGAACAAAAUAUUAGGGAAAACAAAGCUAGUGAUGGCAUUACUGUAGACAGAUCCAUUUUUGGUACGAGCAUAACUUUUUCAAUUUUAUUAUUAUUUUGUUGUACUCUGUCCACACAUUGAGAAGACCAGGAAAUCAAAUAUUCUCUUACAGUUGUAUACAAAAAACCUUAUACUUGAUGUGUUUGCCAAAAUGCAUGUUUUUAUAUAUGGGAAAUGUGUUAUAAUGUGAUAUUUGUGUUCUUUAGAAAAUAUGCGCAGUUUUUAAAACAAUAAAAUAUAUGUAAAAGGUU